AUGUGGCAAGCAGGGUUGCUUAUGAGCAACCCCGCUGGAGAUGCUCUGACAAGCAUGAUAGGUGUCAUUGGAAAUUUUUCUAACAAACCCUCAGUGAGAGUUGUUUCCAAAGCUGCUGGACCACAACUUUCCCUUUCCAUUCGUCAUGGAAAGGUCAUUCUUGCCUCACUUGAUCCAAGUGAUGCUUACCAGCAUUGGUUUAAAGAUGAAAGGUACAGCACCAGGAGGGAUGAAGCAGGAUUCUGUGCCUUUUCUUUAGUGAACAAGGCCACCGGUGAGGCCUUGAAGCACCCAGUAGCUGACUAUCACACAGUAAGGAUGAUGCCCUACAAUCCAGAUAUUCUGGAUGAGUCUGUUUUGUGGAGUGAGGGUGAGGACUUAGGUGAUGGCUACAGUGCUAUAAGAAUGGUGAAUAAUAUUCGUUUUAAUAUGGAUGCUUGUUGUGGUGACAAAGAAUCUGGAGGUACGCAUGAUGGCACUACAAUAAUCCUCUGGGACUGGAACCAUGGUGAUAAUCAGCAGUGGAAGAUCUUGCCCUACUGUAAGCUUUCUACCAAGUUUUUUCUUUUUGAAAUGCAUGCCUUCUAA